AUGGUGAGAGAGCAGCUCCGUGAGCUCUUUGAUACCCUGAGUGCAAACACUCCUGAUAUUGUUUAUCAACGAUUUAACGUUUUGAAGAAAGUCAGAUUGCCUUGGGUAUCUGUGGAAACCGAUGGCUGGACAUCAAACAAGGGCACCGAUUGUAUCAGUGUCACGAUCAAUCUAGUUACCGGUAAUAUGGAUAAAGCUUGCUUUCCAAUUUACGUUACAGAAGUUGAAACAAAAGAGAAGCAGGAGCUAACAGAAACCUUGCUUUCGUUGAUAAAAAAAUUCUCUCUAUCAAAAUUGCUCACCUCCUGUUGCACUGAUAAUGCUGCUUCCGUGAUAGGAGCAACAGAUUCGUUGAAAGGAGACGAGCAAUUCCCUUUUUUCAACUCUCAAAACGGUUGUGCCGUACACCAAAUUCAACUGUUUGUGAGAGCUUUAAUCGAUGAUAUUAUCGAGAACCUGCAAACAGAUACAGAAAAUACAGGUUCAGAAAAUGAUGAAGACGAUCUUGAAUUGUUUCCUAAUAUCUGCUCAGUGGAUAUUGUCCAGCGUCUAAUGGCACUGACCAAGAAAUUGAGAAAAUGUUUCAUUUUUAAGAAAAGUUUCAAGGACUGUGUGGAGACACUACCGCCGUCAUAUUGUAACACUAGGUGGAACUUGACUUUUGUGAAGCCCACGUUUCAACUGCUAAAAAUUAUCUAUAAAGGUUUGACACCGUACGAAUCGUUAACGAAAAUAUUAUCUUUAAACAAGCCCGCUAGUAUUUGCUUCUUUCCAUUACUGCUAUAUUGUAAAGAGAUGUCAUCGGUUUGUGCUAGUGGAUUAAGUGAGCUCUUGAUAAGACCGGUCAAACUUCAAAAGUUCAAAGCGAAGUAUGGAAAGUACUACGCAAAAGCCUGUGAUUCUACCUACAUUCAUAUGUUAAGUGCGUUGUUUCAUCAUGAUGCUGUGAAAGCUUUUAAAAUCUCCCAAAAGCAUUGUGUUGAUGUAGAUUCUGAACUGACCAACAUUGCAUUCAAAAUAAUGAAUUUUGAGAUAAUUGAAAAUGGAGAUGAGAGCAGCGAGACAGAAAAUGAUGGAUCCCCCGAUGAGCGUUAUGAAAAUGAAAGAGAUCAAAGGAAUUUUCGCUGGCGACGGUCGGUCUAA